AUGAAGGCGGCUCAGAUAAUCAUUGUGGAGGAAGAAGAUGAAGAAACCACGUCACAACUGCGAACUAGGCAAGUGGCUAUAAACAGAGACCGAGAAGGAGCCCACGAUAGAUUGAUGGCCGAUUACUUUGCCGACGAACCGUUGUACACAGCCAGGAUGUUUAAACAUUACAUUUCCAAGUGGGAGGAACGUAGACAUGCACUUGCUGCAGGUUUUUCUGCAAGAAAAAAUACCUCUUGGAAAAAUGGUGGUGGUUUAGUGAAAAUAAGAUGUAUUGUCUGCUCAAAAGAAGGAUUUCAUGUUAGCAAAGAAAUAGAUUCUGGUUCAGUUGAUGAGAAUAGUAAAAAGAUUGUUAGACGUAAUAGAGGUUCAAAAAGAGUUGGAUGCAAUGGUCAUCCGGCUGCCAGAAGUAUUGAUUAUGUUAAAGAAAGUUUUAUAUCUGGAUUGUCUGCAAUCAAUAUUGGACCUAUUAAAGCAUUCAAUAUUAUGAAAACAAUGUAUGGUGGUUUUGGUGAAGUUGGUGCUAGUAAAGUUGAUUGUAAGAACUAUAGAAGGGAUUUGAAUCUUUACAUAGGAGAGUACGAUGCAAAAAUGGCUGAUGAGCAAUCAAAAACAAAUUAUACAGUAUUUGGUAACAUAGUUGGUUUUGAUGCUACUUAUAAAUCAAACAAAUAUGAUUUGGUUUUUGUUCCAUUUACUGGGAUUGAUAAUCAUUUUAGGAAUGUCACAUUUGGUGGUGCAUUACUUGGUUCUGAGACUGCAUAUUCUUAUAGAUGGCUUUUAAGGUGCUUUGUUAAUGCUUUUGGAAAUGAGCCUAAAGUUGUUGUUACUGAUCAAGAUGCUGCAAUGAAGAGAGCUAUUAAGGAUGUACUUUCAAGAAGUAGGCAUAGGUUAUGUAUGUGGCAUAUAUGGGAGAAAUUGAAGACAAAGGUUAGUCCUGUUUUGUCAUCAAACAUUGAUUUUAAUACAAGAAUGACACAUGUUGUUUGGAAUGAUACUAUUAUUCCAGAAGAUUUUGAAACUGAGUGGCAUUCAAUAAUGUAUACUUUUGGAUUGGAAAAUCAUGAGUGGUUAAAAGAUAUGUACGAUCUUCGAUUUGAUUGGAUUCCCUCUUAUUACCAUGGAGAGAAUUUGGCUGGUCUUAUGCAUACUAUGUCUAGAUGUGAAAGCGAGAAUUACUUCUUUGGUCAGUUUUGCAAUCCAAGAUGUACACUUGUUGAAUUUUUCACUCAUUUUGAGACUGCAAUGGAUUUUCAAAGGCAUGAGCAUAGGAGGAAUGAUCAUGAUACAAGGUAUAUUCAGUCUAAGACCUGGAGUGACUUUGUAUUGGAGAAACAAGCAUCAGAAAUAUAUACCAAAACAAUUUUUAAAGAUAUUCAGAUUGAAAUUGAUGCUGCCAUUACAAAGUGUAUGUCAAAGUCUCAUGAUAUUGUGGGUGAUGUUCAAUAUUAUGAAAUAAAGGAUUUCAAACAACCAUGCACAUCUUUAUUCAAGGUUCAAUACAGCAAACAAGAAGAUGGUUUAAGUAUAAGUUGUACUUGCAAAUGCUUUGAAGAAUUUGGUAUAUUGUGCCUCCAUAUAUUUUAUGUUCUACGGAAUAGUGAAAUUGAUAAAGUUUUUAGAGAAAUCGUUGUUGGAAAUGAGUAUGUGGUUAAUAGGUUGGUUGGGGAUUUAGAUGAGUUGUGUCGUUAUAGAGAUCAUAUUAAAAUUUAUAUUGAUAAAGCGGAUGAGGUUAUGGUUGUUGCGCCGCCUCCUAGUCGCAAAGAAAGAUUUGCUGAUAUUGGAGGGAACUUAGAAAAGCUUGAUUCUAUGAUUCGUGUCCCGAUCAAGAUAAGGAUCAAAGGAUGCGGUGUACAAAAAAGGAUCAAGUCUAAUCGUGAGAUUGCAAUUCAGAAAUCAUCAAAGAUCCAGAAAUCGUGUCGUGUAUGUGGUGGAAAAGGACAUAACAGUCGCACAUGUAAAGAUAAGGUUUCUUCUAAUGCUAUAGGUUCUAGCAAUACAAUGUAA